UUCCCACCAUGCAGCGGGGUGAUGUCUGUGGAAAGAUGGCGGAAGGAGGAGCGGCUGAUCUGGAUACCCAGAGAGGAGAGGUCGCGGCACUGUUGAAAACACAACUGAGAAAGGGAGACACCUGGUACCUGGUGGACAGUCACUGGUUCAAACAGUGGAAGAAAUAUGUGGGAUAUGACAGCUGGGACAAGUACCAGAUGGGUGACCAGAAUGUCUACCCAGGACCGGUUGAUAACUCUGGUCUUCUCAGAGAUGGGGAUGUGCUGGCAAUCAAGGAGCACCUCAUCGAUGAGCUGGACUACAUCCUGGUCCCAACAGAGGGCUGGAAUAAGCUUGUCAGCUGGUAUGGAUUGACAGAGGGUCAGGAGCCAAUCGCGCGCAAGGUGGUAGAACAGGGUAUGUUUGUAAAACACUGCAAGGUGGAGGUGUACCUGACGGAGCUGAAGCUCUGUGAAGACAGCAACAUGGACAAUGUGAUCACCAGACGCUUCAGUAAAGCUGACACAAUCGACAUGAUAGAGAAGGACAUGAGGAAGCUGUUCAGCAUCCCUGAUGAGAAGGAGACCAGGCUGUGGAACAGGUACAUGAGCAACACCUUUGAGCCUCUCAACAAACCUGACAGCACCAUUCAAGACGCUGGCCUCUACCAAGGACAGGUCAACAUGACCUGUAGAGGGCAGCCUAACUUAUCUCAUACCACUUUAAACAGACACGUUCUCGUAAUAGAGCAGAAGAAUGAGGAUGGCUCAUGGCCCCGAGGCUCCACGGCACCAAAGUCAUCUGGUGCUUCCAAUCUCUCUGCUUUGCCAAAGAUCUCGCCUUCAUCUCUCACAAACAAUCAUAACAGCAGCUUCAACAGCAGGAAUGUGAAGAAUUCGAGCUACAGUCUGCCGUCCUACCACCCCUACAGCAACAGCUAUGACUACACAGACCAGAGCAGGCAGAGUGAGCGCUCAGGCCUCUGUGGACUCUCCAACCUGGGAAACACCUGUUUCAUGAACUCUGCAGUGCAGUGUUUAAGCAAUAUCCCCCCUCUGACGGACUACUUCCUCAAAGACAAGUACAUGGAGGAGCUGAAUGAGGACAACCCGCUGGGCAUGAAGGGGGAGAUUGCCAAAGCCUACGCCGAGCUUAAAAAGCAGCUGUGGUCGGGUAAAUUCAGCUACGUCACUCCAAGGCCUUUCAAGACCCAGGUGGGCCGCUUUGCCCCACAGUUUUCGGGCUACCAACAGCAGGACUCUCACGAGCUGCUGGCCUUUCUCCUGGAUGGCCUUCACGAGGACUUGAACCGCAUCCGGAAGAAGCCUUACAUCCAACUGAAAGACGCUAACGGCAGGCCUGAUAAGGUGGUGGCGGAGGAAGCGUGGGAGAACCACAUCAAAAGGAACGACUCCAUCAUUGUGGACAUCUUCCACGGCCUUUUCAAGUCCACCCUUGUUUGUCCUGUGUGCUCCAAGGUGUCCGUGACUUUUGACCCUUUCUGCUACUUAACCCUCCCCCUGCCCAUGAAGAAGGAGCGGACCCUGGAGGUCUACCUUGUCCGACUUGACGCUCUAACCAAACCCACACAGUAUAAGCUGACGGUGCCAAAGGUGGGCUACAUCUCUGACCUGUGCACCUCCCUCUCCAACCUGUCUGGGGUGCCUGCUGAGAAGAUGAUUGUAACUGACAUCUACAACCACCGAUUCCACCGGAUCUUUGCCACCAACGAGAACCUUAGCAGCAUCAUGGAGAGAGAUGAUAUCUAUGUCUUCGAGUUGGCCGUGAAUAGGGUGGAGGACACAGACCACGUAGUGAUCCCGGUGCACCUAAGGGAAAAGUACAAACAGUCGGGCUACAACCACACCAGCACGCCAUUGUUCGGACAGCCCUUCCUCAUUGCCGUCCCCAGAACACUCAGCGAAGACAAACUCUACAACAUGCUGCUCCUGCGCCUCUGCCGGUUUGUGCGAUCUUCAGUAGAGGAGGAGGAGGAGGAGGAGGAGGAGGAAGACUGUGAAGAGACACAGCCAACCAAACAACACACUGUCAAUGGUAACGCCACUAAUGGACUGCUGGAGGAGGGCUCGCCAAGUGAGAUGGAGACAGAUGAGCAGGAUGAUGAGUCCAGUCAGGAUCAGGAGCUUCCCUCUGAGAACGACAACAGCCAAUCAGAGGACUCUGUGGGCGGGGAUAACGAGCUGGAGAACGGCGUGGUCGGCCCACAGAACUCCACCAAAGGCCAGCAGACAGCCGGGCACAACAGAAAGAGACUUUUUACAUUCCAGUUCAACAACAUGGGAAAAACCGACUUCUCCCUCAUCAAGGAGGACACCAGGCAGAUCCGCUUUGACGAGGGACACCUCCGACUCAGUGACCGCUCUUACCUGUCUUUGGACUGGGAACCAGAGAUCAAGAAAAAGUACUUUGAUGAGACCGUUGUGGAGGAUUUUGACAAGCAUGAGAGUAUGGAGUACAAGCCUCAGAAGAAGGCUUUCUUUAAGCUGAAGGACUGCAUCGAGCUGUUCACCACCAAGGAAAAACUAGGAGCGGAGGAUCCCUGGUACUGUCCAAACUGUAAGCAGCACCAGCAGGCCACGAAGAAGCUGGACCUUUGGUCUCUGCCACCGGUGCUGGUGGUCCAUCUGAAACGCUUCUCCUACAGCCGUUACAUGAGGGAUAAACUCGACUCCCUUGUUGAUUUUCCGCUCAGCGAUCUGGACAUGUCGGAGUUCCUGAUCAACCCCAACGCUGGGCCCUGUCGCUAUGACCUCAUAGCCGUGUCGAACCACUACGGAGGGAUGGGUGGAGGCCACUAUACUGCUUACGCCAAGAACAAAGACGAUGAAAAGUGGUACAACUUUGAUGACAGCAGUGUGUCUCCUGCUAAUGAAGAUCAGAUAGUGUCCAAAGCAGGCUACGUGCUGUUCUACCAGCGCCAGGAUACGGUGAAAGGCACGGGCUACUUUGCUCUGGACCGCGAGGAGGAAGAGGAGGACGAGGAGGAAGACGAGGGAGAGGAGGAGGAGAACGACGGCGAGGAGAGGCAGGAGAGAAAGGCUGCCUCCUCAUCUCAGGGCGCCUCGUCCGCCGCUGGGGCCGCCCCUCAGAGCGACGAGGAGGACCUGAACGAGAACCGUCUCAGGAAGAACGACAACGAGAAGGAAGAGGAGGAGGAGGAGGAGGAGGAAGAGGAGGAGGAGGAGGAGGAGGAGCAGGCGCCAAAUCGAGACGUCGCUAUGAAAACCAACUGAGGAAAAAGAGGACCGGGAUAAAUGGAGAGAGAGAGAGACAAGGAUCUUUCCUUCCAAAGCCAUAUGGACACACAGCAUGGCAGCGGGCGCCACCGGUCCCACCCAGCGGCUCGGACUCGGCCGCUCAACAGGCGGAGCCACUGCGGGGAGGACGGCUGUUAGGUUGGGGAGCUGCCGGGGUACGCAACUCCAAGAAUCAGGGCCCUCCUCUGUGAUUGGAUCACUGUGUGUGUGUGUGUGUGUGUGUGUGUAUGUCAAGUGUGUGAUUGUGUCGCCACGUCCAUUUGUUUAGGAUUUGCUGCGUGCUCUCAGAAAAGACUCUCUGAACGACAUUGGGGGAUGAUUAUGAGUUUUGUUUUUUUUAAAUCACCCUCUGAUUUCUGUUUUCAUCAGAUGUUUUUUUUUAUAUAUAUUUUGAGAGCAAAGCGUUGUUGGCAUAUCAUUUUAUCAUUUAGAUUUGUAAAUAUUUUAAACACUGAAUUAUAUCGGGUUUUCAUGAUGCGCUGAAACAUUUUGAACUUGCACAAUCACCCACCAUCCACUUUUUUUUUUUUUUUUUUUAAACGUGUAUUUUUUGCCAGACAAACUGCAAUUGUGUAACAAGGUUUUUUCUCUCACAGGGUUUUCUCACAUAGAGAGCUUUGAAAAGCUGCUUUCAGCAGGCCAGUGGUCUACAGUCUAGACUGAGCGCAGAGAAGAGCCGCUGGUUUUAUAAAGUCAAACAGCCAAACUGUCCUAGAUUUGUACGCUGCUGCUACUGCUGCGAUCUCGCAUCUCUAGAUAGAUUAAUAGUGUAUCGGCAUGAACCUCCAUAAUUUAAGGUCCUGCUUCUGCUGUCUCUCACUGGGUUUCUCUGUUUAUAAUUCAUAUUUCUUAAACCUAAAAUACAGAUGGAUUAAGAAGCUAUCCUAACCUUGCAAAAUUAGCCGAACAAGUUCUAAGGUUGUACAGUUUAUGUUCAGAAAAGAACUCCAAACUCCAGUGGCACAUCAUCUUAAUCAUAGUGUGCACGGAUGGCAACAAAUAGCUGUUAAAAAAGUUAGCUGGAAACUCGUAUAUCCCAAGCCACAAGUCUCCUCUUCCACCCUCCAUCUUUAAAUGAUUCAUUCAUUGUUGGUGUUAAAGCUUUACCAUGCCUCCACUCUCUCUCUCUCUCUCUCUCUCUCUCUCUCUCUCUCCUCUUCAUCUUUGAGGCUCUGUGAGAUUAGAAAACACGGGUGAUUCCGCUGACAGCAGAUGUGUCAUCUCUUGUCUGCAUCACCACAGCCUUAACUCUUAAUCUCAGACCAGUCGCCUUUUCUUUGCACAUUAUUAUCUUAUUAGCCCGUCAUUCUUGCACGGCCCCGGAUCACACACACACACACACACACACACACACCGAACUCCAUGUACGAAUGUCCAUAUGAUUUGCCUGCUUGUAAUAUCAGACACGGUUAGUUUAAAGCCGCAGGAGGGCCAGAAUGUAUGCUGAAUGGAAUGAACACUGACCAGAUGUAUGUGGUUGAUGCCUUUUUGAUUCUUUAUAGGGCCAGAUUUGUGAUUUUUCUUUUCUCUCUUCUUUUUUUUUUUUCAUCCCUCCUUUUGGUUUGGUUGAAUGUGAUGGUAAUGGGUCUUUCGCCUUUGAAAUUAGCUGUAGGAAUUCAUGGGUACUGCUGAAUGCGUCCCUUUCCAAAAGGGGUGGGGAGGGGUGGGGGGGAUGCUUCUUUGUGGUCCUGAGCUUUGAGGACGGGAGGGAGGGAGGGACAAAUCUAAAAACUACGGGGUGAGUCUGUCUAAAAGGCCUUUCAGCUUUUGGGAUCAUGAUACAGUGAAAAUAUUUUGUGGCACAUUGUUGCAGGGUCGAUGUUACUCAUGAUAAAACACUAUUCUCCAUGGUGGAGUGUUAUGCUUUCUUUUUUCUACCUGUUCCUUCCAUUGUAAACAGCAUUAGCAUACCUGUUGUUGCCUCAGAAUAUUAGCUGUGUACCAUGCCUUUUAUGAGCAUCUCUGUGCUUUGACUUCAGUGGGCUUUACCGCCUCAGCGAUGCCUUGCUUUUUGGGCGACUCACCCCAUCCUGACUGAGUGAGAUGUGAUUGCUACUAUAGGCUUAUACAAUACUGUACAUAAGAGUUCACUCUGUGAGUGCACAUUUGAUAAAGUUUAUUUAUUUAUAUGUAAGCAUUUAAUAAUAAACAGACAAUAUAUUUAAAACCUUGGCAAGACCGGAAAUGUCAAAGCGGGAGGGGCUGGGCUGGGGUUGGGGGGGUGGGUGGGUGGGGGGAUGGUAGGGGUCGUGGCUCGAGUCCACACAUACACACUAGUUUGCAAAUUCUUGCCUGUGCUCUAGUCAGGGAGGGAAUAUUUUUAAAAGAAAGGAUGGUUCUGUUGUUUUUGGGACUUUUUUUGUAAAAAAUAAUCCAGACAUCCUUGCAUGAUGACAUAACAGGGGUUUCCAGGUUUGGCUGCACUUGAGUUCACUUGGGUUUACAUUUGAAAUGUGCAUGUGUAUUUAUACACAAUCUUCAAUAAAGUUGUGUAAAGCUUC